CCCUACAUUUCGGCGAGAUACUAAUUGCAAAAAAUUGACGCGCUUGACAUGCAAUUUUUUCUUCAGCAUGAAAAAUUGAAAAUUUUGUAUAUUAUAUCGUUGUAUGUUCGUGUUCAAUAAAUUAAUCAACAAUGAAUAAGAUGUCAAGAUAUCCUUCGGAUUGCAAAGUCUAUGUAGGAGACUUAGGAAGUGGUGCAACAAAACAAGAAUUAGAAGAUGCUUUCUCUUAUUAUGGCUCUUUAAGGAAUGUAUGGGUAGCCAGAAAUCCACCUGGAUUUGCCUUCGUGGAAUUUGAAGAUGCUAGAGAUGCGGAAGAUGCAAUAAGAGGACUUGAUGGAAGAACUAUAUGUGGAAGACGAGCUCGUGUGGAACCAUCCAAUGGGAGAAGAUUAAGAGAUAGAAGUUAUUUCAGAAGAGGUGUAGGAAGACUAUUUCAUCCUGAAGAUAGAUGUUACGAAUGUGGUGAAAGAGGUCACUAUGCUAGAAAUUGUCAACGGCACAGAAAUACUCGUAAGAAAAGGAGACCCAGCUGAACAGGCAUACACAUGAGAAAUGUGUUGCUACUGAGAUUCUCGUGAGAUUCACCUUGGGUUCACUUUGUGAUACUACGUAGUUACAGCAUAGAGUACCCACAUUCCUCGGGUUUCUUUCUGCAUUCUACAAGCAAAAGAGGGAAAGACGGCCGAUGGAGUGGCUAGUUCUGCACACUACAAUACUUCUAACGACCACUGAGAUCACCUUAAACUGAAAGUUUUUGCACAUCAGCACUACUGGUAUCUCUGAUAUUCUUCACUCGUCUUACUAUCUUUGCCAAAUUAUCACAAUAGAUCUAAUGGUCACUGAAAGAUAAACUGUGAGUCAUCUCAUCUAGCCACUCUUCGUCCACACCUGACAUUCGUGCAAUUUCAUCUGUAUAAGUACUCAUCUGUUCUCUUCUUCUUGGCAUUGCUAUUGU